GUGAAUUGCAUUGGUUUAGCUGGAAAUAUCCAGAUUCGGAUCCGGUACUGAGUUUAAUGCUGAUUUAAAUGUGGAAUAAAAUUGAAUUCAUCCUCAGUUUCCCUAAUUUAGGUUAUUAACCACUUCGUCAUAAAUUAUUCCGCCGUAAAAUACACAUUUUCAGGAAGUGUUAUGCUGACGCGGAAGCAUGAUUUUCCGGGGAAUUAAUUGUGAAUUAGUGGGUGGAUUUCAUUAUUGAUUUGACAUUGGUUCGUUUUUCAUCAUCAUGGUGUCGUUGAAAAAUAUUGUCUUUCCCCGUUGAGUGCUCAUUUGAGAAUAUUAAUUGUUGAGUGAGUAAUAUAUGUGUCCCGUUGUGUGUGUUUAGGGACCCAUGGAUUCUGAUGCUCGCAUUAGGGUAUAUUCUAAUGGUUUCUAGAUGGAAUUAUCUUUAGCAACUUUAAACCCUUUGUGGAGACUUGGAAAUAUGAAUCUUUUGAGCUAAUGGAGCCUGGAAUUGGAAAGACAUUAGAAUAAAGAGGAAUGGCCACUCAGAAGGGGAAUAUGAAACCAUUCCUUUUAUUAGAGUCAUAUCCGUUCACAUUUGUACUGUCAAUUGGUGUGAGAUAACAAGUAGAUAAAGAAGCUUGUCACUGAUCGAGUAUCUCUGUUGUUUCUUGACAAAUGGAAUCUUCAUGUGCUUGCAAAUUUCCUGCUGUUUUUGUCCUUUGAGGUCAUAUGGCUGAGCCUUCUCCCACCACGGGUUCCUUUUUCAAGCCUCAGUUGAUGCAAGCAUCUGGUGGUAAUGCUGCAAUUCUAUUAGAGAAAAAUUUCGCCAGUGGUAAUGCUGUAGAGGAAAGAACUUCCAGUGAUUUCGAGUUUAGGUUUCACACUGGAGUUAGUACCACAUCAGGAUUAUCUUCUGCAGCGAUGUCGAUUCCUGCAGGAAUUAAUCGAAACGGACUAGUCACUCAUCAAGAUCAGCGAUAUUCUCAGUCUGCUAUACCCUCUUCUUCAGCACCACAAUGUCUUGGAGUAGCUCGACAGGAUUCAUCCGUGUAUGAUAGUAUUGAUGAAUCAAAGCAGGGAGCGCAGUCCAAUACAGGUGCGCAAGCUUCAGUUUCUGAGCCUAAAGAUAGCAGCUCGUCAGUCUCAGCUGAUAGAACAUCAGAAGAUGGGUAUAACUGGAGAAAAUAUGGGCAGAAACUGGUUAAAGGAAGUGAGUUUCCACGAAGUUACUACAAAUGUACCUACCCUAACUGUGAGGUGAAAAAAAUAUUUGAACGGUCUCCAAGUGGACAUAUUACAGAAAUUGUGUACAAGGGUUCACAUGAUCAUCUGAAACCUCAGAGUGCACGUCGGCACAAUCCUGGGGGUCUUACGUCCAUUCAAGAGGAUAAAUUGGACAAGGAGGACAAGAUGAACACCAAUAAUAUGGAGCAAAAUGGUUCUCCCAUGUUGUCACCUCUGCAAACAAAUGAGGAUGGAUUAGAUGGUUCUGGCUCACAGUUUCAGGGCCAAAACGAUGAUGCUGAAGAUGACGAUCCUUACUUGAAACGGAGAAAAAUGGAGGAUGGUAUUGAUGUUACACCAGUUGUUAAACCCAUUCGUGAACCACGAGUUGUGGUUCAAACUGUGAGUGAGGUUGAUAUACUGGAUGAUGGAUAUCGCUGGCGCAAGUAUGGCCAGAAAGUUGUCCGAGGAAACCCCAAUCCUAGGAGCUACUACAAGUGCACAAAUGCAGGAUGCCCAGUGAGGAAGCAUGUGGAGAGGGCAUCUCAUGACCCGAAAGCUGUUAUAACAACGUACGAGGGGAAGCACAACCAUGAUGUCCCGAUUGCACGAAACAGCAGUCAUGAACUUGUUGGGACUGCGCCAUACGCGGGAACAUCCAAGAUGAGGGCGCAUGACGGUGGCAGUUCGAUUAGCCUUGACCUCGGUGUUGGAAUCGGGCGAGCAGGUGAGCACAAAAGGGAGGAAGGUUUGGAUGGUGAAGGUGGACGACGCCAAAAUAAUCCAAUCUAUGAAAUUGUAAAUGGUGGGCUGAAUCUAUACGGAAAUAGAGAAGCUCAUAACUUUCAGACGCCACCGAUAAAUGCCUCUAACCAAUGUCAGCCAAACCUUGGAAGAAUACUUAUGGGGCCUUAAAAUUGUUGCUGAAUAUUAUGAAUAUAUAUUACCAGAAAUAAUUUCUAUUUUUAUUAGUAAAUCUGAGUGAAUUUAUCCUCA